CCCGCGGCGAUCGUGGGGUCCGCGGGCGCCUGUCCCGCAGCUCACCACGGCAGCCAGACGGCAGCCCCUCUGCUCCCUGGUAGGCGCCGGAGACUCGGCAGGAGACAGCGAGGAACUUGUCCCGAGAGCUGUCGCCGCGGGCCUCAUUGUCUGCAGCAACUCUCUGGAAUCCGGAGUGGGAGGACUGGACUCUGUCCGCUGGGAUUUGCCCAGAGUUCCGGCGGCAGCUGUGGCGGCCGCGGAGAUUCUCUUUGUCCUCCUAGGACCUCGCUCUCUCUCCUCGGUGGCAGCUGUUGGGUGGCUCUGAGCUUGCAGCGGGCAUCCCAGUCCCACUCAGCCUCUGACCCCGGGGUGAGUCCCCGGUGACUCCGCCUCUUUCGUGUCUCUCUGUUCUGUGAAGCCGGGAGCCCAGACCCCGGAACCCAAGGGGUUGUGAACCAGAGGAAGCCGCCGGGCCCGGGCCACAGGAUGGUGGCGGGUCGGUACCGGGCGCGCAGCCCUGGGAGCUGGCUGUUCCCUGGCCUGUGGCUGUUGACUGUGGGCGGUCUGGGGUCGUUGCUGCAAGCCCAGGAGCAGCCCUCUUGCAAAAAAGCCUUCGAUUUGUACUUCGUUCUGGACAAGUCUGGCAGUGUAGCAAAUAAUUGGAUUGAAAUUUAUAAUUUUGUCCACCAGCUGACAGAGAGAUUUGUGAGCCCUGAAAUGAGAUUGUCCUUCAUUGUGUUUUCUUCCCAAGCAACCAUUAUUUUGCCAUUAACUGGAGACAGAUACAAAAUUGACAAAGGACUGGAGGAUUUAAAAGCCGUUAAGCCAGUCGGAGAGACAUACAUCCACGAAGGACUAAAGCUUGCAAAUGAACAAAUUCAAAAUGCAGGAGGCUUAAAAACCUCCAGUAUCAUAAUUGCUUUGACAGAUGGUAAGCUGGACGGCCUGGUACCAUCAUAUGCAGAGAACGAGGCAAAGAAGUCCAGGUCGCUUGGCGCUAGUGUUUACUGUGUUGGGGUCUUGGAUUUUGAACAAGCUCAGCUGGAAAAAAUUGCUGAUUCCAAGGACCAAGUUUUCCCUGUCAAAGGUGGAUUCCAAGCUCUUAAAGGGAUCAUCAACUCUAUAUUAGCUCAGUCAUGUACUGAAAUCCUGGAGUUGAGUCCUUCAAGUGUCUGUGUAGGGGAGAAAUUUCAAGUUGUUCUGAGUGGAAGAGCAGUGACAUCGAUCAGUCAUGAUGGCAGUGUCCUCUGUACAUUUACUGCGAACAGCACAUACACAAGGAGUGAAAAACCAGUGAGUGUUCAGCCCAGUUCCAUCCUUUGCCCUGCACCUGUCCUGAACAAAGCUGGAGAAACUCUUGAAGUUUCAAUCAGCUAUAAUGAUGGGAAGUCUGCUGUCUCAAGAUCCUUAACAAUUACAGCCACAGAAUGUUCCAGUGGGAUUGCAGUCCUCAUAGCUAUUUUGGUGUUGUUGCUGCUCCUGGGUGCUGCCUUGAUGUGGUGGUUUUGGCCCCUUUGCUGCAAAGUGGUUAUCAAGGAUCCUCCCCCACCACCUUCUGCUCCAAAAGAGGAGGAGGAGGAAGAGCCUUUGCCCAACAAGAAAUGGCCAACUGUGGAUGCUUCCUACUAUGGCGGUCGAGGAGUUGGAGGAAUUAAAAGGAUGGAGGUCCGCUGGGGAGAUAAAGGAUCUACUGAAGAAGGUGCAAGACUAGAGAAAGCAAAAAAUGCUGUGGUGAUGAUCCCUGAAGAAGAGAUACCCAUCCCAUCAAGACCACCUCGGCCCAAACCCACAUACCAGGCACCCCAGACAAAGUGGUACACACCGAUUAAGGGUCGUCUGGAUGCGCUCUGGGCUUUGAUCAAGAAGCAGUAUGACCGGGUGUCCUUGAUGAGACCCCAGGAAGGCGAUGAGGGCCGAUGCAUAAACUUCUCCCGGGUUCCACAUCAAUAAGACAGGAGCACGAAGACUGAGAAGAUAAGAAGACAGUGUAUUUUCAUGAUGCUGAUUUCCAACAGAAUGGACAGUCCAGUGCAUCUCAGAAGUUCUUGGGACAACAGCCCAUUUUCUCUCUGUCAGGAAAUGUUUCCUCUGCCUUCUGCUAUCUGUGCACUAAACAUUUUCGAACACUUAUUCUGCCAUCGACAUGAGAGGUGAUGAAAGUCAUCGGCGAUAGCCCGUGAUUCACGACACUGAAAAUCCCAAGGAAUGUUAAUUUGCAUGCUAUGGUUUAUGCAGAGCUCAUUUGCCUGUAUAAGAGGACAAAGCAGACACAUCGAUGAUGUAAUGAUACCAAAGCCAGGACUGCAAAUCCACCAGCCACGCAGGUUUGCAAUGGAAACUGGUGCUUCUGACAUGGAUGCAUGGCGCGUACGCUUUUGUUUGGCAAGAUCUUUAGCUACAAGCAAAAUAUGAAAUUUCUUACCAGGCUAAACAGAUAAUGGAGUCCACUGCCUCGUAGCUAUGUCAGAUAGCAAAGCCUUUCCAAGUCCUCCAUUACUUUGUGCCUUACAGGAAAUUU